AUGAAACACAUUUCAUCAAGCAGUCGAUCGUUCCGAACGAAUCCGUGCCAAUUCUAUCGAAAAAAUGCACAGGACUGCUGGGUUGGACACAAAUAUAUCCCAUGUGAUCAGUUGGAACAGCAUCUGCUUGAGAUGGCUGAGCCUUGUUCAAAUAUUAUGAGUCCUACCAUUAUGGCAACAACAACGACAGCACCACAAAUGACUACUCAACUAUCAGCUACGAGUUCAUUCGACUUCGAUUCACCAGCCAUCAUUCUGAUUUUUAUUCUCAUUAUAGCUCUACUCGCUACACUGACUGUAUUCUCGAUAACAGUAAUUGUCAUUCAUUUUCUCGGUCAUUGCCGAAACACCGAACGGUCAGCACAUUACACGUCAAAGUCAACUCAAACCAGAUGGUUGCCGCAACAAGAACAAAAAGACACAAUUUAUCUGUCACCGGUAAUCCGCCACGCACCAGACGGAGUACCCAGAUUCGAUCAUCCAGCAUUCGACAGAAAUCAACAUCUUCCCCACCAGCAGACACUUGACAACCCACAUAUCCCACUUGUGAGUAGCACGACACCACAAUGGAUUCGCAAUAUUAUUACGAAUGCGUCGGAAACCUGCCAUAAUGACUUUCGUCUUGGAUACUUAUCUGAACCGGUCAGCAGUCAGCAACCAUCUACUUCAAGAUUCGCUGGAACUAUUGGAUGA